AUGGCUCUCCAGGCAAAUACCAGAGGUGGAGCUCUGAUGGAAUACCUCAGAGCCCCCAGGGCCAACUACACGAUAGUAGGAGAAGCCAUACGUUUUGUCAUCCCUGCUCCUAUGCAAUGUUCAAUCGGCUGCGGAGGGCACGCCUGCAAGUAUGACAACCCGAGUUACUGGAGUGAUGGCCAGCAAGCUAUCAAAGGCCUCUACUCAUCCUGGGUUACUGAUCAUCUUCUUGCUAUGUCCAGACCCUCGACAGAAAUCAUUGAGAAAUAUGACAUUAUUGAUCAAUUCAGAAGGAACAGUAUUAAAACAGUGAUCAACCUGCAGAUACCUGGCGAACAUGCCAGCUGUGGAAACCCUCUGGAGCCAGAGAGCGGCUUCUCAUACCGCCCGGAGGUCUUCAUGGAGAACAACAUUUAUUUCUACAAUUUUGCCUGGAGCGACUAUGGAGUGGCCAAUCUCACCACUGUGCUGGACAUGGUGAAGGUCAUGGCCUUCGCGCAGCAGGAGGGGAAGACGGCCGUUCACUGUCACGCUGGUCUCGGCAGAACAGGUGUGCUGUUAGCAUGCUUCUUGGCCUUUUCCACCAGGAUGACGGCUAACCAGGCUAUUUUGUAUGUGCGAGCUAAACGCCCCGGUUCUAUCCAGACCCGAGGUCAGCUGCGUUGUGUCAGAGACUUUGUCCAGUUCCUCGCCACUUUGAGGAGUGUGUUCUCCUGUGCCGAGCCGAAGUCCAACCCAGUCACACUGUCAGAGUACCUGCACCGCCAGAGACAUGUCCUGCACGGCGACGAGAGGAAGGAGCUGCGGCACCUACCAAAGAUCGUCCGGCUUGUGUCGAGACUUCUGAAGGACAUUGCAGAGAACCGACAGAUGAUCGAGGAGGACAUUCUGGAGGCCCCUGACAUUUGUGACAUAGAGAUGACUCUCAGCGUCAUCGAGAAGAUGGGCCCUGAAAUGUUUGCCAAGCAUCCCCGCUUACCUGGUUCGCCCACCUUACCCAGGCAUUUCCACGAGCCGCCCAUCUUCUACCACCGCAAAAGUCUGAGCUACAGUGAGUCCGACUUGAGACGGCUGGGCUCGGAGCUCAACCUUCUCACGCAACCCCUCGGAUCCCUGUCGCAGAAAAACUUAGAAAACCCUGUCGCAACCCAGCGUCAGGACAGGAAUAGCAACAUUUCGGAUGUCUCGCACGGCUCAACAGGCUCACUUUGGCAAAUCAAGAACGUAGAAAACCAAGAUGGAUCCAUCCAGCGCACCGGGUCUUUUGACAACAAGGAACCUAUCCAGAAGAGAACCAUUUUGUCCAGGUGGAAGGAUGAGCAGAGGAAGGAGUUCGGGAUGAAUGGCACGAAGCCUAAAGAUAGAAAGGAGGAGCAAUCGGAGAUGUCGGAGGUGCCCUGCAUCACUCUGCAGUCGGAGUUGUCCCUGGACGCCAGGAGGCUGCUGGUGGCACAGGCCCUGGCAGUGGAUCUGUUUCUCGAAGGGAAAGAACAGCACAAGAGCAAAGUCUUAGCCUGGCAGGCAGAGCUGAAUCAAGGCGGUGCGUGGGAGAGGCUUGUAAUGGAGCGGGACCCCUUCAUCCUCAGCGGGCUCAUGUGGGCUUGGAUGGAGCAACUUAAAGAGCCAGUGAUCUCCGUCCAGGCCAUCAAAGCCCUGAACCCUGAAAACACCGAUCCUCAAACUGUCCUCAACACACUCGACCAGGCUCCAAGACAGACACUGCGGUGCAUACUGGACUGCAUGGCUAACCUGUUGAUGAUACCAGAGAAGGUGGAAAAAGCCUUCCUAAACCGAACUAUCAAAGCCUUCACCUGGGUGGAGAAUAACUCGGAGGAGGGGAGGCAGGUAUUCGAGACCAUGACUCCAGUCCUGAGGUGUGUCCUCGAAGACACCAGAUAUACGAGCAUGGAAGCAGAUGAGACACUUUCGUCUCCCUUCUCUUUAUGA